GUUAGACAUUAUGGGGAUUUGCAGGUGCUGCUGUGCUGAGUAGUACAACAACACUGGUCAGAAAAAUUCAAACCUCCCCUCGAAUUACACAAUUCUCCACAAAUUCAAACUCAAGCUCUAAAACCCCUUCUUCUUCUUCUUCUUCUUCUUCCAGUCUCUCUGCAACUCCACGGAGAGAGAAUGAUAAAUAUGUAGAGUGGCAUUGCCAAUUUCCCAAAAAUUGAGAGAAACAAAAUGAUGCUUCUUUUGCUGCAUAUUGCUCUAUUUCUGGUUCCUGACGUGGUCCUCUGUCUCAACCCAGAUGGGCUCUCCCUCCUCGCACUCAAAUCCGCAAUCGAAACCGACCCCACCGGGAUCCUCGACUCCUGGUCGGAAUCCGAUCCCACUCCCUGCCACUGGCACGGCGUCGUCUGCACCCGCAACCGAGUCACCGACCUCCUCCUCGCCAACAAACGCCUCACCGGCUACAUUCCCUCCGAGCUCGGCCACCUCGACUCGCUCAAGCGACUCAGCCUCUCCAACAACAACUUCUCCAAGCCCAUCCCUGCCCACCUCUUCAACGCCGCCGCCCUCAUUACUCUGGACCUCUCCCACAACUCCCUCGUGGGCCCAGUCCCGGCGCAAAUUGGAGCCCUGAAGGCCCUGAAGCACCUCGACUUGUCCUCCAAUUUCCUCAACGGCUCACUCCCCGAGUCUCUCGCCGAGCUUCCCUCCCUCGCCGGCACCCUGAACCUCUCUUACAACAAUUUCUCCGGCGAAGUUCCGGCAUCGUACGGAAGGAUUCCGGUGCUCGUGAGCCUGGACCUCCAGCACAACAAUCUCACCGGAAAAGUGCCUCAGGUGGGCUCGCUGGCGAACCAGGGCCCCACCGCGUUUUCUGGAAACCCUAGCCUCUGCGGGUUUCCGUUGGAUAUUCCGUGCCCGGAAGCUCAAAACCCUAAUUCCUCGAAAAGCGGAGGUCAGGAUGUUAAACCCAUCGACCCGGAUCCGAGUCUAGUCCGCGGGGUGGAAGAGAGGGAAAAUCGGAGCGGCGGUUCGGUGACGGUUCCGAUAAUUUCGGGCGUUUCGGUGGUGAUCGGGGCCGUCUCGAUAUCGGUGUGGCUGUUUCGGAUAAGAAGCAGGGCCAAGGAGGGCAAAACGGGAAAGGAGAAAGUGGUAAAGGAAGUAGCUGAGGUGGUGGUGGAAGAGGGGGAAGGGCAAAAUGGCAAAUUCGUGGUGGUGGACGAGGGAUUCGGGUUGGAAUUGGAGGAUUUGCUGAGGGCAUCGGCGUACGUGGUGGGGAAGAGUAGGAGUGGGAUUACGUACAGGGUGGUCGCCGGGAGUGGCGGGAAGGGACCUGGUGCAGCGCCGUCGGUUGUGGCCGUGAGGAGGCUGAGCGAGGGUGAUGCAACGUGGCGGUUGAAGGAGUUUGAGGCUGAGGUGGAGGCGAUAGGGAAGGUGGUGCACCCCAAUAUAUUGCGCCUGAGAGCAUACUACUACGCGAAUGACGAGAAACUGCUGGUUACUGAUUUCAUUCGCAAUGGCAGCCUGUACAAUGCACUUCAUGGGGGACCAUCCAACUCUUUGCCGCCUUUGCCAUGGACGGCAAGGUUAAAAAUUGCUCAGGGGACUGCAAGGGGUUUGAUGUACAUACACGAACACAGCACUCGAAAGUAUGUUCAUGGAAACAUUAAAUCGACAAAGAUCCUUCUCAACAAUGAUCUCCAACCUUACAUAUCCGGGUUCGGAUUGGCACGUCUUAUGUUGGGUACCUCAAAGUUCACCACUUCAGCAUCCAGAAGACAGAACUCAAACGAAUCCAUUGCGGCCUCUGGUUUGGUUGUUCCAACUUCUUCAACCAUUUACUUGGCACCCGAGGCUCGAAUUUCUAGGAGCAAGUUCACUCAGAAAUGUGAUGUGUACUCCUUUGGAAUUGUGCUCUUGGAGAUCCUGACUGGUAGGUUGCCAGAUGAGGGGAUCGAAAAUGGUGGCAAGGGACUUGAGAACCUAGUCAGGAAGACAUUCAGAGAUGAGCGCCCCUUGUCUGAGAUCAUAGACCCUGCACUUCUGCAAGAAGUUUAUGCAAAGAAGCAAGUUGUUGAAGCGUUUCACAUUGCCCUAAAUUGCACUGAGCUCGACCCCGAACUGCGUCCUAGGAUGAAAACUGUCUCCGAGAGUCUUGAUCGCCUCAAAUUACAAUGUUAAGAGAGAAAACAGAAUGUAAAGCUGACACUGCUCAUCCGGGAUUUUGUUAUGGUGCUGAAAAUGGUCUCAGAUGGGCGUUUCAGUGUUUUUGUCAAGUCGAUCACUGUUAGGAAAUCCAUUAGCUUAAUGGGUUGGAUGUAUCAUAUGUGUUGUGUAGUUGAAUUAUUGCUUGUGUGAAGAUGAUGAAUUCAACAGGGACCGACAUGUUCUUAGGUUGCCGGCAUUCUGGUGGAACGGGACGAGAAGAGUAUUUUCGCCCUUUGUUUCUCUUCUUUAGGACUUGUUUUUGCCCUGUUCUCAAUCCCUGCUUUUGCUCAGGUUGAAAUUUCGAAUGGUUAAUGUUGAUUAGCACCUGUGUUCUUCGUUA